AUGGGCUGCGGCAAGACCGAAAUCGCCUACUGCUACGAAAACAAGGCUGCCAAAGAUGAGCUUGAAGGAGUCAUAGCAGAGGGCUGGGGAGCAUGGCAGCGUUCUCUCGGUCGCUGGGGUAAAGAGAGCGGCCAUUCACUGCUCUUUACACGGCGCCUUGUUCCUGGCCAGGACAUCUACUGCUACCUGGCGAAUGGCGAUUGGAACCAGUUGUUUCCGGCAGACACCGUCGUUAUCAAGCGUGGUGCUCCAGGGGGUUGGGCAGCAGCGUCUUCUUUGGGAUAUAGGGCUGAAGGUUCACCUGGUCGUCAUCAAUUGAGUAUCGGCAACGCGGAACAAGCGCCGAACAGAGAUCUGGCCUGGGGCCACAUCUUUGGCUUAAUGCACGAACACUCACGCGGAGACCGCGACGACCACGUCCAGUUCAACUGCGCCAGUCUCACAGGCUACCACGAAGCUCUCCAAAAGGCCACUACCGACGGCUUUACCAUAAACGAACUCUGCAACAUCUUCAAUGUUGCGAAGCACUACCAAUUCGACGCUUCAGAGUACUACAAGUGGACGAACGACGGCUUGGCAUACAGCGCGGAAUAUGAUUACGAUUCGAUCAUGCACUACAGCUCAUGGCAGAGCCACAACCCUGCUCUUGUCAAUCAGGAUCAGAACAACCCCGAUAAUUACCCUUUGGUUCGACUCACCGGUGGAAAGAAUGGUCAAAAGUCGCUCCUUCCGCUGCCACGUCCGAGUGGAGAGUGGGGUAUUUCUAGACUGGAUAAAGAGGCUAUCAAGUUGUUGUAUCCGUGGGAGUAA